AUGAAGCUCUUCGUUUCCGUUGUGAUGUUCUUUCUCUUCUUAAACUGUUUCGCAACCGCGCAAACUUUGAUUCGAGAUUCUUGCAAAACAGCUGCAGCAAAAGACCCUAAUCUCAAAUAUGAUUUUUGCGUCCAGUCACUUGAACAAGAUCCACAAAGCAAAACAGCAACAAGCCUAGCAGGAUUGGUCUUAGCAUCAACGAAUAACGCUGGGUCCAAAACAACUUACGUGAAAGGAAUAGUUAAAACUAUUCUCAAGACCAAAAAGUAUGCACCGGGUACUGAACCCGAGUUACGCACUUGCGUAGAGCUUUAUGACGAUGCUAAUGAUUCUUUAAAUGAAGCCUUGACGGACGUUAAAUCCGGCGAUUAUAGAAGUGCUAAUGUGCAUCUGAGUGCUGCUUUGGAUGCACCGGAUACUUGUGAAGAUGGAUUCAAAGAGAAGCACCAGACAUCUCCGGUUACAAAUGAGAACAGUGUUUUGUAUCAGAAGAUUUUGAUUCCUUUAGCUUUUACAAAUAUGGUAUGA